AUCCAUGCCGGUUCCUCCAGGCAUCAGAGUAGAUUUCCUUUUUCUGUGGCUUCUGACUCAGACAAAACAUUUUCUUGACUAUUAGUAGACUUCCCCCAAGGAAGUAUUUUUAUCAGCAGCUACUUGGAUGAAGAUAUAGAUGACAUCCUUAUAAAAUCUGCAGACAACCUAGUUCUGGCAGGAGUAAGUGAUAUGGCAGAAUCAGGGACCAAAAAGAUCCUAACAGGCUAGAAUGAUGAACUCCCUCAAAUAAUAUGAAAUUUUAAAAUGUGUCCACAAAGGCCUACUCUGAUGCUUCUUCCUAGUAUGGAAAUGAUCUUGAGUUCUCCAAGUCUGUGCCAGCAGAGCCAUGCCCUUGACAAGUUCUACCAUCCUGGAAAGGUUUCAGGUGUUUGAACCAGCAAUGGACUGGUCUGCUUUCCAAAGACUUAUCUAGUGUUCAUGAUGAAUGUAAACAAAGAGAUUAUCAUGAAGAUGAUUGAAGCAUAUGCGACAACAUAUUCAGCUGGGGACAUUGGAACAUGACCAUAGUAUUUCUGGAAUUACUUUCAGAGCCUGUGGGGUAUCCUUUCAAGCAGCAAAUCUUUGAAGGUUUCCUACAAUUACCCAUAGGAGUCGCCAUGACCCCAGCUUUGAGAGAGGCUGGAAUGAAGGGACGUGGUAUCCACUUGUCAUCUUCUUUGUCUAGAACCAUGGCAUCUGACACAGUGCUUUGUAUGGAAAAUCCAGGAACUGUUGAAGAAAAACUAAAGGGAGACUCUAUCGCACAGAUUAAUUGCUCAGUGCUGGGGUUUCCAACUCCUGAACCUAGCCUUAAUACUAAUUUUGUGAAUUUAAAACACUUUGGCUCUCCUCAGCCUUCAAAACAUUAUCAAACAGUCUUUUUAAUGAGUUCUAAUUCUUCAUUAAACAUGUAUAGUGAAAAUUAUAAACAAAAGAAAUUAGGGGACCCUAAUUGCGAUAAGCUAAAAAAUGUGCUGAAGAAUGGCACCAGCAUUAGGCUCAGUAGAAUUUGUCCUCCUAACUCUGAAGACUGCAUCAAAAAGGAACCUUUAUCAGAGACCACAAGCCAGUGUAUGGCUGAUUUGCCAGGUGUUUUGGAUUCCGAUGUAACCAAAGUCAGUAGUGUAGAAAACAUAAAGCUUCCAAACUGUAAAUGGUACCAGAAAAAUGGUGUUUUGGAUAAAGCUUCUGGUGCUGAGAGUAAAAAGAGUCUUUUGCAGUGUGCUCAAAAGAAAGUUUGGCCUGGGCACACAAAUGUACUUAUUAGUUCCCCUGCCACUGAGAAAGAAGAAGAAGUGAAUGCUCGUUUACUUCAUUGUGUAAGCACACAAAAAAUUCUCCUUAGCCAGGCCAAAAGAACUCAGAAACAUUUGCAGAUGCUACUGGCAAAGCAUGUUGUUAAACACUGUGGUCAGCAGAUGAAAUUCUCUAUGAAGCAUCAGUCCCAAAGAAUGAAGAUCUUUCAUGAACCUGCCAGAAUUCUAGAUAAUAGUUUCCACAGAUGCACUGAAAUUAAACCAGAAGUCUGCAUAUCUAAUUCAGAGAAUGAUUUGUGGAAAGAUACAAAAAAUGGUUUUGCAAGGUGCACCAUUGCAGAAAUUCAGAAGUUUGCACUAUCGACUGCAGGGUUGUUGUCUCAUGUUGAAGAGGGCUUAGACUCUGAUGCAACUGACAGCAGCUCAGAUGAAGAUUUGGAUGAGAAGCCCAUUAGAAAAAGUGUCACAGUUAACUAUAGUACUGAAUGGAAGUGGCUUGUAGACAGAGCUAGAGUUGGCAGCCGCUGGACGUGGCUUCAGGCCCAGAUUUCGGAGCUAGAAUACAAAAUUCAACAACUAACUGACAUUCACAGACAGAUACGGGCCACCAAGGGAGCAGUGGUCCUAGAAGAAUGCCAACUUCCAAAAGAUAUUUUGAAGAAGCAGAUACAAUUGACAGACCAAGGAACUUUAUUAAACACCACAGGGAAUUCUCAGGUUCCCCAGGAAAGACAAGAUUCUUUACCAGAACAAGAUUUUGAAAUGUCACCAAGUAGCCCUACACUACUUCUUCGAAACAUAGAAAAACAGAGUGCACAACUGACUGAAAUAAUCAACAGUCUGAUUGCUCCACUGAACUUGUCCCCUACUUCAUCACCCCUUACUUCUAAGCCCUGUAAACAUAAACAAGUGGCUAAUGGCAUUUCUGGGAGUGCUUCAGAGAAUUUAGAUGAGCUCUCUUCCUCCAGUAGCUGGUUACUUAACCAGAAGCACAUUAAGAAAAGGAGAAAAGACAGAACAAGACUGAGAUCUCCAUCCUUGACUCUCAUGAGCACAGCAGCCCGAACAAGGCCACUUCAGAGUUUCCACAAACGAAAACUCUACAGAUUGAGCCCCGCUUGUUAUUGGAUUCCAAAGGCUUUGCCUUCCAAAGAAACUCAAUUUCAUAAUGCUACACCAAUGUCUUGCAUGAUAUCAGCUUCAACCUGGAAUAAUCGUGAUCACAAUGCAAAGUCUGAGAUUUUAAAACAACAUGUACCAGAGCUAGACUCCUCUUUCCAUUCUGUUUUAUCACUCCCAUCAGAUGUUCCACUUCAUUUACAUUUUGAAACACUGUUAAAAAAGAAUGAAAUCAAAGGAGAUCCAGCUGAAAGCACAUUGUUGGAAGAUGAAUGCAUCUUAUCACCUUCAACUGCACAUAUUACACAGAGUACUACCCCAUGGAGAAGUGGAUAUUUGCCUGUAUGCAAACCUCAGACCAGGUCAGAAACCUCAACACAAAUAUUACAGGGAAGAAAGAAAAGGCACUUCAGCGAAACAGCACUAGGAGAAAGAAAUAGGUUUGAAGAAUUUACUUUACAACAUACAGAACCAGGAUCCCAUGACAGUUUUACUGCGGUCACUAAUAUCAAUGUGAUAUCUAGGUCAACCCAGAAUUCAUCCCAAAAUUCUACAAGGCGGAGAUUGAGAAGUGAGAGCUCUUAUGACAUCGAUAAUAUUGUGAUUCCUAUGUCACUUGCAGCCCCAGCCAAGUUGGAGAAGCUGCAAUAUAAAGAAAUACUUACUCCCAGCUGGAGGAUUGUUGAUCUUCAACCUUUGGAAGAAUUUCAUUUAGGUGAAGAAGUAGAAGAUCUUUCUGAUGAAGUCUUUUCCCUACGCCACAAAAAAUAUGAAGAGAGAGAGCAAGCAAGGUGGUCACUGUGGGAACAAAGCAAGUGGCACAGAAGAAACAGCAGGUCUCAAGAUGUCCAGCCUUGCUGUAGAACACUCACUCCAAGAGAUGUCCUAGCAUGUACAAGGCUGAAUUCACAUCUUUCUCCACAGCCUAGAGAUCUAUCCCUACAGAGGUGUAAGGGAAGAUAUGAAUUGAGCCCUUCAUGGGUGUCAUUGCAACCAUCACAGAAUACCAUUGGAACACAAAGCCAGGCAGUAGGGGUCAGAUAUUAUGGCAGAUAUGUUGAAGGGCAGCAAAGACAGGACUUACUAUUAAAAGAACACCACAGUGAUGUUAGCACUGUUGAGCAUUGUGCUUCUGAAGCCAUCCUUGAGUUUCCUUCUGAAAUGCAUGGCUUAUGUGUUGAUGCCUCACCUUUCUUAAACAAAGAUCAAGAAGCCAAGUGGUGGGAACGACGGGCUUUUCCACUGAAGGAUGAAGAAGUAGCUUUCUUGUGCCAAGAUGAAAGAAAUCAGGUUGAAAGGCCAAGCUCAGCUUUCCCUGGUGAAGUCUUCUGUAGCACUGUGUCAGAUCACAGUUAUCCUCCAAAAAAGCAAUCAGUAGACAGACUGGAAGAUUACAAACCUCCUGGUCUAGGACUCAGUAGUCUAAAGAAAAAUAGGUGACAGGGAACUUAGUGGUUCAUUAAGAAACCUAAUUAAACUGGAGAAAACAAGGCAAGCCCCUCCCCCCAACCCUGUUCAACAACAAAAGAAAACCCACAAUUCCAAUGCAUUAGAGUAACAGCAUGUGAUGUAUUAAUCUUUCUUGCUAAGAGACAGGUUAAAAAUAAAAAAUGUCACUUUCUUUCCUUCGUGAACCACAAGAGAAAAUAGUUCUUUUGGUCUCCAGACCCCAGGUGCAAUAGACAUUUGCUGUUAUUAGGCAAGGCCAAAUCACUGGCACCAAGAAAAUGACCUAAUUAUUUCCUGAAUUCUGGUGUCAGAUACCUGCUUUUUGGACCUGAUAUUCACCCUCUCACUCCCAACCCUUAAGAUAUACUAUAUGGUCCUGGUGUGUUCUCAGAUUAUAGCAUAAUGGAUUUUGUUUUUU